GUGUGUGUGUGUGUGUGUGUGUGUGUGUGUGUGUGUGUUGGUGAACACAUGCUGUAGUGUGUGAUGGACAGGUCAGUGGUGUGGGCGGAGCCUCUGCACAGGUGCAUGCUGGUCCUGACCUGUACUCUCCUGCUGUGUGAGGUCAUCGCUGGACGUCUGUGUAACUCGCUCAUGAACACAGUGGACAGCUUCCACACCCUCUACAUCCUCAUUGAUAUGAUCAGCUCCCAGCGAGGUUCUGAGGAGAACCCUGGCAUCUCCGCACAACCUAGGACAACAGAACCGGGGGAGGAGUCGUGUCCCAACCUCUGUGCUGAGGAGAGCCACACAUCUCCUCUGUCUGAUGGAUCUCAGUAUACUAGGAUCCGCCUGCAGCCGGUCGGAGGUCUGAUCUCAGCUCUGAUGCUCUCCUCACUCUGUGUGUCUUUCAGCUUUCAUAUCUUCAGUCACACUCUGCAGCCUCAGCCUAUACAGCGCCCUCUACUGGCCACGGCUGUGGGUGCAUGGAGUCUGCUGUUUAAUCUUCUGCUGCUGGUGUGGAGAAGAGCGAGACAGACAGAUGCAGGAGAUAAAGAUCUCAGAAAAGGUGGGACAGAAGCUCCUUUAACUCCAGCGGGUUCUCCUCAGGGUAGAGUGCUGAUGUUCUGUAACCCCGGAGUGUCCAGUGUUCUCCAUCCAGACUCUCAGGACCAGACCUUUCCUCCUCAGAACAUCUCCGUUUCCCAUGAUUCCUCUCACACAGAAAUGUUCAGAGCAGAGCCUCAGAGCAGCAGAGGUUCCGCUCACACUGCAGGUGACAUGAGUGAGUGCAUCAGGAACAUCAUCACAGUGUUCCACAGCCUCCUGGGUUCUGCUCUGAUUCUUCUGAAUGGAUUACUUCACCUUCUCAGCACGAGAUUCCAGGAGAACUGGGGUGUGACUGUGUACCUGGACCCAGGGUUCUCCAUGCUCACCACGCUGGUUCUGUUAGCAGUGGUGGUUCCUGAGCUCCGGCGUCACGUCUUCCUCCUGCUGCAGGCAUCUCCAGCAGGCCUGAGCAUGGAGGAGCUGGCGGUGGAGAUCAGGGGUGUCCCUGGUGUCUUAGACGUGCAUGAGCUCCACGUCUGGCAGCUCACUGAGACAUGCAUUGUGGCCUCAGUGCAUGUUUACUGGCCAUCAAGUCUGAGUGCACUCGAGUGUUCUCAACUCCUGAGGAGCAUCACAGAGGUGCUGAGGAGGUUUGGGGUGAAGCACUGGACCAUACAGCCUGAGUUUCUGACCUUUGACCCAGAGGACGCUGCGUUGCGGCCAGACUGUGCGCUGCACUGUGGGAAAGCGUGUGUGAGGAAGAUGUGCUGUUUACCUCCAGAGGAACAUUUCAGCUCCACAACUGUCCACGUGACCCACAGUUAGAAGCAGAAGGUCAUCAGGACACACACUUAUAACACUUAUCUGCUCUGUCACACACAGAUCACUGCUCAUGUUUCUG